AUGCAAGUACUGAGUAGCAAUGCCAGUGCUGCGGAGAGCAGGGAGUGCGUUCGCCGUGAAGACCGACGCAAAACAGAUGAAAGGUGCACCUGUGGACAUUCCCAAAUCCUGCCAGGUGUAUCAGAAAAUGUCUUCUGUCAUGAAGUAGUAGUAGUAGUACAGGACAGAAGCAAAGAGGAGAAUGUGCAGUGCAUAACUGACCACCCAGGGUUUGAGCCAGUCUGCCUGAACAAGUGGGUACUUGAAACUGCUUGGAUGCAGUUCAGGCAGCAACAUGGGGGGAAAGCCUUUGGAGGACGAGAGGAUCAAAGACUGAGGCACAUAGCUUACAGAAAAUUUGUCUGCUGGGUUUUGGGGUGGCUGAGGAAGAAGAUUAGGGUCACAAUGCCCAGUUGUGCAGUUAGCUGCAUACGAGCAUACUACCCCCCACCUUCAGAAGAAGAAGAGCACUUCACUGGCUUCAAAGACCAGUAA